AUCAUCCAGGAUGAAUACACAUCGUUGGUAAGAUCCGGGUUUUGGACAGGAUGAACGCCAAUUUCCAAGAUGGCUGCGGAGGGAGGAGGGAAGGAGAUGAACGAAAUUAAAACUCAAUUCACCACUCGGGAAGGUGUCUAUAAACUCCUCACUCACUCCGAAUAUAGCCGCCCGAACCGGGUGCCUUUUAAUUCACAGGGCUCAAAUCCGGUAAAAGUCUCAUUCGUGAACGUGAACGACCAGUCAGGCAACGGCGACAGAAUCUGUUUCAAUGUGGGCCGGGAACUGUACUUUUACAUCUACAAAGGCGUAAGAAAGGCUGCUGACCUGAGCAAGCCCAUAGACAAGAGGAUCUACAAAGGAACGCAGCCCACGUGUCAUGACUUCAAUCCCCUCACGGCCACGGCGGAGAGCGUCUCCCUGCUGGUGGGCUUCUCGGCUGGCCAGGUGCAGCUCAUCGACCCCAUCAAGAAGGAGACCAGCAAGCUCUUCAAUGAAGAGAGACUCAUAGACAAGUCUGGUGUGACGUGUGUGCGGUGGGUCCCUGGCUCAGAGAGCCUCUUCCUGGUGGCUCACUCCAGCGGCAGCCUGUACCUGUACAACGUAGAGCACACCUGUGGCACCACACCACCCCACUACCAGCUCCUCAAACAGGGCGAUGGCUAUGCCGUGCACACCUGCAAGAGCAAGUCGGCCCGCAACCCCUUACUGCGCUGGACAGUGGGUGAGGGGGCGCUGAACGAGUUCGCCUUCUCCCCCGAUGGGAAGUUCCUGGCGUGCGCCAGUCAGGACGGCUUCCUGCGUGUGUUCGGCUUUGACGCGGCCGAGCUGCAUGGCACCAUGAAGAGCUACUUCGGUGGACUACUGUGUGUGUGCUGGAGUCCAGACGGACGCUACAUAGUGGCUGGGGGGGAGGAUGACCUGGUGACAGUCUGGUCCUUCUCAGAUUGCAGGGUGAUUGCCAGGGGCCACGGCCACAAGUCGUGGGUGAGCGUAGUGGCGUUCGACCACUGUACGACCAGUGUGGAGGACAGCGACCCGCCCGCAGAGUUCAGCGGCAGCGACGAGGAGUUCCACGAGCAGAUCCAUUUUGCAGGUGGGCGGGACCGGGCCAACAGCUCCCAAUCACAUCUCUCCAAGAGGAACUCUACAGACGGCAGGCCAGUCAGCGUGACCUAUCGCUUCGGCUCGGUGGGACAGGACACCCAGCUGUGUCUGUGGGACCUGACUGAGGACAUAUUGUUCCCCCACCUGCCCCUGUCACGCACCAGAACUCACACAAACGUUAUGAGUGCCACCAGCCCCCCAGCUACUGGGUCGGCCACUAAUACUACUACUAAUACUACUACUACUACUAACCCACCUGGCACCAAUGGCAACAACACCAUGAGCAGUAGCAGUGGUAACAGUGGCGCCCUCUCUAACUCAGUCCCCGCUCCCCUGCCGCGCUCCAACAGCCUGCCGCACUCAACUGGCCCCGCAGGGGGCAGCACCACGCCUAACAGCCACAUGAGCAGCAAAGGAAGCAGCAUCAUCGACAGCGCCUUCAUCGCCACCGGGGUCAGCAAGUUCGCCACGCUGUCGCUACACGAUACACGCAAGGAGCGCCACGAGAAGGACCACAAACGCAACCACAGCAUGGGCCACAUCAGCAGCAAGAGCAGUGACAAGCUCAACCAACUGAGCUCUGCGGCGCGGACAGCGAAGGCGGAUGCCGCUAAGACUCUGGGCACGCUGCUGUGCCCACGCAUGGAGGAGGUUCCUCUGCUGGAGCCACUGGUGUGUAAGAAGAUCGCUCAUGAGAGACUCACUGUGUUAAUCUUCCUGGAGGACUGUCUGGUCACAGCCUGCCAGGAGGGCUUCAUUUGCACAUGGGCCAGGCCCGGGAAAGUGGGCUUACUGCCAUCUCAGAACCCGACCAACUCUCCUAGUGGGACUGUAGUAUAGCCCUGGUGCUAGUGCUGCUAAACUAAACCGAGCUCCACCAGACGACAGAUGGGACAGGAUGACCUGGCCACACCUCGCCAUAGCCCAUUAGUGCUGUUCUUCACUUUCACACCUUCACCACCACUGAAAGUCUCUUUUUGUUCUGUUUGACUUUAGAUAGGAUAGAUGGCUUAUGUGGGCCAGUGAGGGUAGGUGGAGAGGCCCACAGUCUGAAAAGGGUGUAAAGGAUCAUGCAGAAAGCUUGAAAUGGUCCAUGAGCAUUGAAACUGUUGUUCAGGGACAGGAGGCUGGCAGGGCUGUGUUUUGUUUCCACCUCUGUUCCCCCUCAACCUUCUCUAGUCCGCUCCAGAAACAAACCCUGGAAGAGCUCGGGCUUGUUUUCAGACUCUAAUAGCUUAGCCCGGUCCAGAAACACAACCCCUAGCCACUACUACUUCUGACAUUUUGUGUAGAUCUGAAAUACUUGGAUAGGUUUAAUCAAUAUGGUAGUAGCCACAUUUCUUCCCCUAUCCAGUCCUCAGAUAUACCUGAGUACCUAAGGGUUAGGGGCUGUUUAGGGACAGGUGCUAUCUCUUCUCACUAGUCCCUCAUCUCUGACUAACCCUGGUGCAGUUUGAUCUCAUGUUCACAGCAAAGGGAGACCAGAGGAGUUGGCUUCCUUUAACUACAAGAAGAAAAUAAACUGUUUUUAAUUUAAAUCAGAACAUCACACCUUGAGUAUUUUGCACUGAUUUUUUUGUUUCUUUCUGUUCUGUGUACAUUUUUAAUUCAUAAUUAUAAUGGGACAAAAACAAGAUAUUUGAAGACAGCCUUUGGAUGCACUUGGGUUGAUGUGAGGUAUCUCUGUCUGGAUGCUGCAAUCAUAGGGGUUUAAAGAAGGAAAAAAAUGAGAAUUGUUUGCACUUAAUAGUUAGAGAAUGGCUUUACAAUUUUGGAGUGUGCAAGGACUCCACUGACAAGGCUGUUAAAAAUAUAAAUAGAAUGAAAACCUUUUUAUAUCUAUUGAACAUUUAUUUUAAUAUUAUUUCAGAUUUAAAAAUGGGCUCUGUAUUAUAUGUAAAUAUUGUACUUUGAUGAUUUAUGGGUGAAAUUAUUAUUACACCAGUUGGAAGUUCUUCAUUUCAGAAAAUAGUGAUAUUUCUAAUGCAGAAAAAUAUAUACAUAAUAAUAUUAAAAAUUCAUCUUGAA